GUUGCGCUUCUGUACCCAAUUGUUGUGUUUUCAUUGCUCUCUCAAUGACUGCAAUGGAUCUCUCCCUACGAUCCCGUCUCUGCUGAGGGAAUCGAAACUAUAUCCCGACUGCCACUGGAAGCUACCGAGGAUAUCUGCACGCACCGUACCAUGGCCGACACUCCAUACAACAAUGGCAGUGUCGGCGAUAUCACCCCAGACAGGUCGAGCCUGGACUUUCCAGGUCCAGAGCUGGCGCCUGAAGAGAUUGCAGAGCGACUGCGGAAUAUUCGUGUGAAAUUUCGCUCCCGCGACGAGCACGCUCCCGAUCCGCAAUAUGCAGAAGAUACCCUGACAGAAAUCUCUACCCACCACCACCACCACCAACACCAUCACCACCACAACAUGCCCGACCUCGAAAAGGCCGAUACCGCCCGAUCUGAUGCCAAUGACGAAGAUGGAAAGAAUCAUCUGACCCGCGUCCUGACCCUACGUGAUCGCGCUCGCAUGUUAAUGACAAGGCUGGGGCGUCCGGAGGAGCCAGGCGAUGCGCUCAUACCAGGCAUGACAACGGCGGAUUGGGUUGGGGAUCUGGAUCCCGUGGAGGCCGAUAUGAUGCACCCUCAGGAGCAUGCAGGAAAGCACCCCACUACCGAGGCCAAUCGUCUGGUGCGAGGAGUGCAGAAUCUCAAGCGCAGAAAGCCCCUACGCACCCAUUCGUCUGACUCGAUUCCCAGCGUCGGUUCCGAUACCGAGUCAGAGUCGCCUUAUCGGGGUGAAGGCAUUCUAUCGCAUUUGCUUCGCCUGCACAACCAGCAAGCGUCUGGUCGUAGCACGCCGGUCACCCCAGAUAGCGGCACCACGACUCCAAAAAAGGUCAAAUGGUAUCACAAACACUCACCGAAUCAAUCGACCAUGUCACUGGUCGGAGCAAGUCUGAGUCUAGGCACUCCAGGUAACCCAUUGGCUCUGGACGAUCUACAGAAGACUGUGAAUAGCAAGCGACGCAAGAUGCAUCACAAAAAAAAAGACCCAAGGGAACAUAUAGCAGUGCGUAUUGCUACCAUUAUCACUCGACAAAGAUACCUCAUGAUUCUCUGUCGAGCCCUGAUGAGAUUUGGUGCUCCAAGCCAUCGUCUGGAAGAAUAUAUGCAGAUGACGGCUCGAGUGCUCGAUAUCCACGCGCAAUUCCUGUAUCUGCCAGGAACCAUGAUCAUGUCGUUUGAUGAUUUGGCCACGCGUACGACCGAGGUCAAACUCGUGCGAGUCGUGCAAGGCGUUGAUCUAGCCCGGUUGGAAGACAUCCAAGACAUUUACAAAAAUGUCGUCCACGAAAAAGUGACCGUUGACGAGGCUAUUGUUCAGCUAGAAGACGUGAUGAAUCGGCCCCCAAAAUACCCAACCUGGUUGGUGGUUCUAUGUUAUGGAUUUGCAUCUGUCUCAGUCGGCCCCUUUGCCUUUCAAGCACGUCCAAUCGAUAUGCCAAUCAUAUUCUUUCUCGGUAUUGUGCUUGGAUUGCUUCAACUUGUUUUCUCACCCCGAUCUAGCUUGUAUUCCAAUGUCUUUGAAGUACUAGCUACCAUCAUCACCUCGUUCCUAGCACGCGCCUUUGGUAGUAUCCGAAAUGGUCUCGAAGACAAUGGCGAUCCGCAUUACAUUUUCUGUUUCUCCUCUUUGGCCCAGUCUUCAAUUGCAUUGAUUCUUCCUGGUUUUUUGGUUCUGAGCAGCAGUCUGGAAUUACAGUCCCAUCAAAUCAUCCCUGGGUCCAUCCGCAUGGUAUAUGCCAUUAUUUAUUCGCUUUUCCUGGGAUACGGAAUUACUGUUGGCACCACUAUUUAUGGACUCAUGGAUGGCAAAGCUAAUCCAAAUACGACCUGCCCUGGACCCGAAAUAGGCAACAACCAGUAUCUCCAACGCUUCCCAUUUGUGGCGCUGUAUGUGAUCUUUCUCGUCAUUAUCAACCAGGGAAAAUGGAAGCAAGCCCCUGUCAUGAUAGUCAUAGCCGUGGCCGGUUAUGUGGUAAAUUACUUCAGCAAUUUAAAGCUCGACUCGAAUAUGGAAUUGGCCAACACUCUAGGGGCAUUCACCAUUGGUACGCUAGGGAAUUUGUACAGCCGUCUCUGGCACGGCCAUGCCGCUACUGCUAUCUUACCUGGCAUAUUCGUGCUCGUGCCAUCUGGUCUCGCCUCAUCAGGCUCGUUGGUCUCUGGCGUUCAAUCUGCAAGCCAAAUCCGGGCAAACCUAACGGGUCACGAUAACGGCACAUCGAGCUCGGCGAACAGCAGUAAUAGCUCCGUGUAUGACAUGGGUUACGGAAUGAUUCAGGUUGCCAUUGGGAUCACCGUCGGUCUGUUCCUGUCCGCAAUUCUUGUAUACCCAUUAGGCAAGAGACGAAGCGGGCUGUUCAGUUUUUAAUGCAUAUAUUGUUCUGUUUAGAGUUUGUAUAGAAUGUGCAUUGAUGCAUUGUAUUGGUUUAGCUGCAUAUAACAAAUACAUUAAAUAAUACUAAUCAAAUCAUACCAUGUUAACA